AUGGCGGCAUCGCAGGCGGAUUACGACGAGUGCAUGAAGCGGUUAUUUGGGAUAAUGGGAGAGCUAGAGGAGAGGUUGGGUGGUAGCAAGUCCUUAUUUGGAGAUCAUAUUACCGAAACUGAUAUCAGAUUGCUGAUAGUUUAUUACGGACUCUUCACAACCGCCGUCCGUUUCAACAUGGCGUACUACACCAUCUUUAUGUGUAACUGGAAGAUGAUCCGCUCCGGUUAUCCAGAUCUGCACCGCUGGUUAAGAGCGCUGUACUACGAAGUCGACGACGAAGCCAAGGGGGCUUUCAAGAGCACGACUCACUUUGAAAUCUUCAUGGAGGGGUAUGCUCUCGGCGAUGAGGAUGACGCUUAUUCCUUGGGGCUGCUGUGCCAAUUAUGCCACUGGACGCAUAAAAGGAAGGGUAAAGUAAACAAAACAUACAGAACGGACUAG